AUGGCUGCUGCAGCUCGCGGUCUUGACAGGGCAGAACUCCGACAGAAGAAGAAGGGGGGUCUUGACAGCCUGCCGCUGUGCCUUGCAGGUCUCGUCUUGUCAGUCGUCUUCCUGUCGACGGCGCAGAUGAUGUUCUACCUGAGAGCCGAUACCACCCACGCGCUGCACUUUGUGGCCGGGGAGAGCGGUGUCCCAGGUCUCGUCUGGAACGGCUCGCACCACGUCCAGACGAAGGCACACUCGGUGGAGUUCGGCGCCGCCCCCGCGCUGCGCGGCCGCUCCCGGGCGGCCCUGGCCGGGGCCUCGGCACCCCACGGCGAGGCCUCGCAGGGCGGGCGCAGGCAGUGCCACCUGGGCGGCCCCUUCGGCGGCUUCAUCCCGGGGUGCUCCAAGGUCGUCGAGCGCAGAAAUUGA